AUGGCUGAGCGCUCCGUCAGCUUUCUUAUAGCAAAAUUGGGUUCCCUGUUAUUAGAGGAAGCUAAUUUCCUUGGUGGAGUGAAAACGCAAAUCCUGUCUCUGCACGAUGAACUUGAGUGGAUUAACUCCUUCCUAAGAGAUGCUGAUGCAAAGCGCAGAAGCAACCGGAGGGUGAACUUGUGGGUGAGCCAAGUCAAAAGCCUAGCUUUCGAUGCUGAGGAUAUCAUUGAUUUGUACAUGCUUCAAAUCGUGCAACAACGGCAAAGAAAUAUGGUGAAGAGAUUUAUGGGUUCUAGCAAAUAUCUGUUUACUCUACACAUGUUGGGGAAGGAAAUGGAAGACAUCAAUAGAAGGAUUGAGAAGAUUUCAGCUAACAAAUUGAAGUAUGGGGUUGAAGCUUUUGAAACUGGACAGACUUUGGCUCGUUUGGAUGAUGGCUUAGCGAGGAAAAGAAGGAGAGAUACCAUGGAAGAAGAAGUUGAUGAUGUUGGCUUUGAGAAAGACAGUGAUGAAGUAGCGACGCUUCUAAAACAAGAAGACUCACGACAGCUUCUUGUAGUUCCCAUAGUUGGUAUGGGUGGUUUAGGUAAGACCACUCUUGCUAAGAAAGUUUAUAAUAGGAGUGAUGUCAAGAACACUUUUGAUUCUUGUGCAUGGGUUUAUGUCUCUCAAGAAUACAGAAUAAAAGAUCUUCUCUCUGGGGCCAUAGCACAACUAAUGAUGCACCCAAAAAAAGAGUUGGAAACCAAAGAUGAGGAAGAUUUGGUGAGAAUUCUCUCAGGUCACUUGAAAGAAAAACGAUGCAUGAUCGUAUUCGAUGAUGUAUGGAAAAGAGAAGAUUGGGAUAGAUUAAAGUUGGCAUUUCUAGUUCAUCAGGGUGAGGGGAAGCAACAGCGAGUGUUACUCACCACCCGUAAUGUGGAAGUAGCCAAACAUGCUGAUCCAUUAAUUGCUCCAUAUGAACUCGGACUUCUGGGUGUUAAGGAGAGUUUUGAACACUUCUCAAAGAAGGUCUUUCAAUACCAAGAAAGAAUUGAGGAAAGAAGCUACUCCAAAGAUUUGGAAGAUCUUGGAAAGAAAUUGGUUGCUAGGUGCGAAGACUAUGAGAUCUCUUCUCAAAAAUUGAUUCGAAUAUGGGUUGCGGAAGGGUUUAUACUACAGAGAGGAGAGGAAACUAUGGAAGAUACUGCUGAAGAGUACCUAGAAGAGUUGAUCGAUAGGAGCAUGAUCCAAGCAGCAAGUAGGAGACCAGAUGGAGGUGUUGAAAAAUGUCGAAUCCAUGAUCUCUUGUGGGACUUAGCAGUUUCAGAAGCCAAGAAAGAUAAGCUUCUUGAAAUAUAUGGGAGUAGUAACUAUCAGGACAGUUAG